CUCAUGUUCGCAUAAUUUCACCAAGAAAAGGAGUGCAACAUCUUUAUCUUAACAGAAAGGGCUACUACAGUUUAAACGUGAUGAUUCUUUGUGAUUAUAAAAUGUCUCUUCGGUAUGUGGAUGCUAGGCAUGCAGGCUCAAAUCAUGACUCUUUUGUUUUCAAUGUUAGCGAUUUGAAAGUGCAUUUACAGAACAACAUACAGAAUAACACUUGGAUCUUGGGCGACGCUGGCUAUCCUCUGCACAAAUUUUUAAUGACGCCUUAUCGCAUGGCGGAAGCUUCUUCACCCCAAGCACGCUACAAUACAGUACACUCAAAGGUCCGGAAUAUUGUAGAGUGGACAAUUGGUGUACUCAAGAGUAGAUUUCGAUGUCUUUUAUCUGUACGAGGUUUACAUUACACUCCUGAAAAGGCUACGCAAAUUGUGAAUGCUUGUUGCGCAUUGCACAAUAUUUGCCAACACUUUCAAGUGGAAUCUCCGGAAGAAAUACCAUCUACUUCAAAUACUACAAUGACCAAUGAUGUUUUGGACAUAGAAAGAGAAGAAGAGGAUACGGCUCGAAUAAUUCGCAAUAAUAUUAUGACUUCCCUCUAAAUAAUUAAAAUAUUAAAUUUCAUUUAUUCUUUCUAAUGUGCUAUUUAU